AUGGCUUCUAAUACAUGGAAUAUGGGGGAUAUAGACAGAGAGGUGUUGAAUAUUCAGAUUGCUGAAGAGGAGGAAGAGGAUUUGGCGAUCAACAGUAUUGGUGAUGAUGAAGGGAUUGAUUCGCGAUGGUGCUUAGUUGGGAAGUUCUUAUCUUCAAGAUCGUUUGAUUAUGAUGCAAUGCAAAACACACUUUCAUCGUUAUGGCAACCGGGUAUGGGUAUGUUUGUUAAAAAACUUCAACCCAAUUUAUUUAUCUUUCAAUUUUAUCAUGAAGUUGAUAUCAAAAGGGUGAUAGAUGGUAGCCCGUGGAUGUUUGAUCGUAUGCCUCUUAUCAUAGAACGGCUAAAGGAAUGGGAAGAUCCGGUGAGUUUAUCGCUUAAUACCCUGGAUAUUUGGGUGCAAAUCCAUGAUAUGGAUCCUCGUUGUAUGGGUGAAAGUGUGCUGAGAAAUGUUGGCAAUACUAUGGGACAGAUUCUGGAAUCUGAUCCGAAAAACUUCCAGGGUGUUUGGAGGGAGUAUCUUCGGAUGAGAGUGACUCUGAAUAUUGACAAACCUUUACGGAGGAGGAUGAGACUUCAGAAGGAUGAUGGCAACUGGUUUUGGGUGAAUUUUAAGUAUGAAAGGGCACCCACUUUCUGUUUCAUUUGUGGUGUUAUUGGUCAUUCAGAACGCUUUUGCUAUAAGCUAUUGGAGAUGCCUGCUGAUCAAAUUGGGAAGCCAUAUGGAGAGUUCAUGCGUGCUAAGUUCCAAAAGCAUAAUCACAACAUCGGGGCGAAAUGGUUACGUACGAAAGGUUGGGUUCCACCACGGAGAGAUGGCAGCGGUAGUAGUUCCCGGCGUAUGGAGGAGGAAGAGAAAAAUGGAAAUCCGGUGAACAGUAAUUAUGGAGAUACUAAUCAGAAUAUGGGAGAUUGGCAAUCACGUAAUCAAAGGGUCAAUAUGCAUCAAUUGCAUGGUGGGAAUGUGGGUGAUACGAAUGCAAUAAUGACAAAUAAUGAAUUGAAGAUAAUGGGGAAAAAGUCAUUAGUUGGGCAAGAAAGGAAAGAGUUGAUUGGAGACAAUAAAAAAAGGAAAACUGAUACUUCUUCUAGUAUUGGGCUUGAUAGUACGGCCCAAAUCAUUGAUGAAAUAAGUAUGGUGGGUCAUAUUGGUGAAGCCCAAGGGAGAAGUGGUGGGCUGGGCCUAUUAUGGAGAUAUGAAAGUGAUAUUAGAAUUGAGUCUUUUUCUAAAAAUCACAUUGAUUGCUUUGCUACUGUUAAUGGAGGGAGUGAGUUUCGUUUCACGGGUAUCUAUGGGGAGCCAAACCGAAGCUUGAGAAAAGAAAUUUGGAGGAUGCUAAAGAAUCUUUAUGCUAGGCGUAGGGAACCUUGGUGCCUUAUGGGCGACUUCAACAAUGUGUUGAGUCAAUCGGAAAAGAGAGGGGGUAACCCGUACCCUCAAUGGUUGAUUAAUGGCUUUCAAGAAACUGUUUUGGCUUGUGGGCUGUGUGAUUUGGAGCUCUUUGGCUACCCGUAUACGUGGGAGAAGAGUAGGGAUUCCCCAAAUUGGAUUGAAGCUCGACUUGACCGUGCGUUAGUGUCGGCUUCGUGGUUAGAUUUGUUUCAAAAUGCUCAGCUGUUAAAUGUGGAGAUCUCUUCGUCCGACCAUUGCCCACUACUCUUAGAAACCAACGUUGCAGAUUUUACAAGAAAUCAAAAAGUCUUUUGGUUUGAGAAUAUGUGGCUGGGAAAUAUGGAAUGUGAGCAAAUUAUCCGUGAGGUCUGGCACAAUUCAGUUGGGCAGUCAAUGCAGUCCAAGAUCGAGUCCUGUGGAGAAGAUCUGUUACUUUGGGAGGCUAGAAACCCGGAGAAUUUUUCUCAGAACUUAAAGAAGUGUAGAUCUCUGGUGAAGCAAUACAAGCACCGGCGGGACAUUGAAGGGAAACAGUUAUUUUUUGAAGCCAAAAAGGCUCUGUUCGAGGUGUUGAAUCAAAGGGAGAUAUUUUGGCGCCAACGUUCAAAACAACUUUGGCUUCAAUCGGGCGAUCAAAAUAGUAAGUUUUUUCAUUCCAAAGCUAGUGCUAGACGUCGUAAUAAUUCAAACACUUGUUUGAAGAAUGAGAAUGGGACUAAAGUAACUUGGGAAGAUGGUUUGGGGGAUGUCAUGAUGAAUUAUUUUAAAGACAUUUUUAAUUCUCAUUCAGUGGAAUAUAGUGAGGUGAUGGCUAGUAUUACACCAAAAAUAUGA